AUGCUGCGAUGGCUUUGCCUUGCAGUGGUGUGGCCCUCUUUGGCAUCCAUUCUUGAGUGGCCUGACGUUCUUGGAAACACCUGGCUCUUUGACCAGGGUUCAACUUUUGGCUACCGUCCCGAGGCAGACGGGCAGGCGGCCGCAAUUCGUGGCCCAGCCCCUGACUGGUCUUUGGGUAGCAAUGCUGUGCCCCUCAUUCGGUUCCAAGCGUGGCAAGAAGGAGGCGACCAAAGAGUCAAGGAAACAGGAACAUGCUACCCGGGCUCCAUACUAGUUACAAGCAAGGUGUCCGCUUUGCAGCUUUCGGCGCAUUUGGCCUUUGACACUGCCAACGCGUCCCUUGUAAAACUCACUCUGCAGAAUGCAGGGCCGCAAGCAGUGCUGGCCAAAUUCAGCGUCACAGGACUGGCAACGAACCUUUCUCUGCAACCAAGUGGCGUGGGGUUCGGACUGCCAGCAACCAGCACCCCUUGCUUCUCACACCCACAGUACCAGAGUGGAAGUGCUACUUUUACGCGGUCCCUUUUGCUCAAUGGCAUGUUGAGGCCCUUGGGCUGGAACGUGACGGCAAAUUCUAGCAGCUUUCGCGCGAUGUCGGAUGCAAUUCACAUUCCAGCCGCAGGAGUGGCAAGUACUUUUGUGGUGGUCUCCUCUGUGAGAGCACCUCCUGCAUUGACCGAUGCGCAAGACACAGCCUUGCGGUUCGUUCAAGCGAUUCAGCGUUGGGAAGCCUAUUUGGACUUAGUUCACGGCCCACGGCCGGGCAUGGCAUGGGUCACUGUGAAGUCGCUCAUGACCCUGCUGGGCAACUGGCGUGUGGUGCCGGGACGGCCAUCCGGAGUGCUACCCUCGUACACCGGGUACCAGGGUGGCUUCUGGUCCUGGGACACUUACAAGCAGGCUGUGGGCAUGGCGAAGUUUGCGCCCGAGCUGGCCAAAGAUCAACUUCGGCUUUUGGUUUCUGCCAGGGACGGGCUGGGCCAUAUCCCGGACAAGGUGGACCGCUGUGGCCAAGGUGGUGGCUGCAGUGGGAAGCCGCCUUUGUUGGGAUGGGCGGUAUGGGAAGUUGCUCAGUACACUCACGACCAUGCCUUUCUUCGGGAGAUGUAUCCUAUAGUGGUCCAGUUUCAUAGGUUCUGGUAUGCUCAUCGAGACGUGACUGGGGCUGGACUUUGUGCUUGGACCGAGGGCAUGGAAAGCGGAAUGGAUGACGGAGUUCGUUUCCUGCCAGCUUUUGCUAAAUCAGUCACCAACACCUCUACGCAUGUCACUACGCUCGACUUCUGGAGCAUAGACCUGAAUGCCUACCUUUACUAUGAGAAGAGGCUGCUUUCCCGGAUGGCCAUGGCCCAGGGCCUCCAGGAAGACGCCCGGCGCUGGGAUGCUGCGGCGGAGGCCUUGGCGCUGAAGCUGCAGAUCUUCUUCGUGCCGAUGGGCGACAGGAACGGUUUUUUCUCGGAUGUCUACUUCAACGGCACGGCGUUGCCCAUCAAGGGAUGCGAGGGCUUUGUCGCGCUCUUUUCUGGUGUGGCAACGCUCAGCCAGGCAGGGCGGGUUUUAAAGACUCUUCGCGAUCCAGAUCAGUUCUUCCUCAAUUUCAGCCUCCCCACUGUCAGCAAGGAUAACCCAUAUUUCAAUCCCAAGGGCUACUGGAAGGGUCCGACUUGGGUGGACCAAACUUGGUUUGCCUACGCCGGCUUGCAAGGCUAUGCUGCCCUUGCCAAAGAAGAUUCCGGCUCUGCGGAAGAAUUCGCUUGGCUUGCCUCCGAGCUCAAGCGCAAGCUCUUCCUAGGGAAGGGCUUCACCGCCAACGAUACGACGCCUUUGAAUGAGCACUACGACCCAGAGACAGGUGUGCCUGGUGGAGUAACGCACUUUAGCUGGACAGCUGCGCACGUCUUGAUGUGGGCCCUGGAGGAGGAUCCGGAGCAGGCGAUCUGGGUCUGA